ACCGAUAAUGCACCCCCGUAUGAGGUCGUUCCAUCCAUGCGCCCGGUUGUUCUCAUCGGUCCGUCACUCAAAGGUUACGAGGUGACCGACAUGAUGCAAAAAGCAUUGUUUGAUUUUCUCAAGAGACGUUUUGAAGGAAGAUCUCUCGCCGAUAAUUGGUUGGAUAUAUCCUUAUGCACUGUAUGUAACACAGUCACUAUGUUAUCUUUUGUAACCCUGUCUGUUCUCGUUACCAUUUGUGUACUGCCUCUGCCGUACACGGUUUGGGUCCGGUUUAGCACACUUUCAUCCCUCCCCCGUUGUCACAAUUCAGAGGUCCAACAGGAAAUUGAGCGUAUUUUCGAUUUGGCCCGAACUCAACAACUGGUCGUGCUCGACUGUGAUACAAUCAAUCAUCCAAGUCAGUUGGCUAAAACCUCCUUGGCACCGAUCACGGUCUAUUUGAAGAUCAGUUCAACGAAAGUACUUCAGCGGCUGAUCAAAACACGCGGGAAAUCUCAGGCGCGAAAUAUGAAUGUUCAAAUGGUGGCUGCAGAAAAACUGCUCCAAUGCACCAACGAUCAGUUUGAUGUGGUUCUGGAGGAGAACCAGUUGGCAGAUGCAUGUGAACAUUUAGCAGAAUACCUAGAAGCCUAUUGGCGAGCAAGUCAUCCCACCGGAGGGAUCGGUAAAGCGGAACGUGCUGGUCCCGGUGAGCCCCUCGAGCCAUCCUUGCCUGUACAACGACGUCAAAGUAGUGUGAUUCAGUCCGCUCUAAAGCGAUUCUCACGCGGGGAGCACGAUCUAUCGUUUGAUCGGGACCAAUAUCCAAAUCAACCUCAAUCGCAACCACAUCACCCGCAAGCCGUACACCAGUCGACCAUCGGGUCACACCCCCGACCCACGCACUCACCAUCCCGACGUCAGUGGUCAGACGAAAGUCGGGAAGAUGCGGCCGAUCCGUUACUCGAUCGUGUGGAUUACUCACGUCGUAGACCCGAUCACCGUCGGGUCUAUGGACCUCAUGACUCGUGGGAUGCUGAUCCAGAUCCACGAGGUAUGGAUCAUCAAUGGAUCCAAAAUGAUCGUUACCCACCACAUGCCAUUAAACUGUUCACUUUCGCGAGUUUGAUGAUAGUUGCCGGUGCAUCAGUUGGGAGUGACAGUUAUCAAAAACCUCCCUUAUCAGCGCAAGAAAUUUUGCUGUGUGUAUUGACGUAUGCAGAAGACCAGCAACAAUGCGCUCAGUAA